UUCAGACACUUCAGAGACACUUCAGAGACGCUUCAGAGACGAUCAUGUUGAAGUUUCCUCUUCACUUCCUGUUGCUGGCGGUCCCUGUCGUCAUGGCGAUGCCUGAGCCAUUCUACUCAGGCGACGGGGAGUCUCCUCGCUUCCUUCCUCCGAUGCCUCCUUACCCGCCCAUGGACGGCCCCGAACAUUAUCCCGACGGAGACAACAUGACGGGGACCCCGGAUGGCGCCGUGGAGGCUUACUGUCAGAUGCUGCUGCAGGGCCCGGAGCCCGUCCCCGCAGACCACAUCCCCUGGUACUGUCUCUGUACACACUGUAAGAGCAGCCAGGGGCCCAAAGGGGACAGAGGAGACCGUGGACCACCAGGUCCUCCCGGCAGUCCUGGACCAAGAGGGUUGACGGGGUUCAGAGGUCCUCCAGGUUUCGUGGGCAGACCAGGAGUCAAAGGACAGAAAGGAGAUGAGGGACUGAAGGGGGACCGAGGACUGCAGGGCUUUAUGGGAUCCAAAGGAGAGCGAGGCUUUAAAGGGGAGAAGGGGGAGCCAGGUCUUGAGGGACGUAUGGGGGAUCAGGGUCCUAAAGGAGACGAUGGCGUCUGUCCCGGUGACUGUGAGGCCACUGAGGGUCCCCCAGGACCUCCCGGUGUUCCUGGCCCUGUGGGGGUCAGAGGUCCACAUGGUGAACCUGGACUGCCGGGACCUAAAGGACCAAAGGGGGACAUGGGUGAGAUGGGUCACCCUGGUGUUCCUGGAUCUGAGGGAUUGAAGGGAGAACCAGGACCUAUGGGGGACUGUAACUGUACAGACGGAGAGGAUGGGGCCCCAGGACAGAGGGGGGACAAGGGAGACAAAGGGGACCAGGGACAGAUGGGGCCCACAGGGCCGAUAGGGACACAGGGGAUAAAGGGAGACAUGGGGCCCAUGGGAAUGAUGGGUCGUCCCGGUCCCUGCAUGCCCGGCGUCCAGUCGGCCUUCGCUGCAGCACUGACGACCAGUUUUCCCCCACCCCUCGCCCCCGUCAUCUUUGCCCACGUUCAUUACAACAUCCAGGGGAGCUAUGACCCCACCUCUGGCAUCUACACCGCCCCCGUCAAUGGCACCUAUGUCUUCAGCUUCCACGUCUCCGUCUACCAGCGAGUCCUCAAAGUUGGCCUGUUCCAUAACUUCCAGGCAGUUGUCAUAAACACAUGCGUCAAACCAUUUGGGACAACCUCGCAGUCCGUCGUCCUCCACCUGGCCCGCGGGGACAUUGUGUGGGUCCAGGUGAAGGACGCCGUCACUAAUGGCAUGUACGUCAGUAAUGAAGCCAGCAGCACCUUCUCCGGCUUCCUGCUACACCCUGACAUGUGUGACAUGCCCUUACUGAGAGCGCCCAUCGUACCUGUGAAUGGCACCUACACCUGGCCCGCGUCCUCUGACCCUAUUCCCACCGCUGCUGAUGAGUAA